GCUGUAUGUUUAGCCGUUAGCUUGACUCCGGUCCUCCGUGUGUCUCUGAAUGAAUGACAUCAUGCGGGCUGCCGUCGGUCUCCGUCUGCGACAUGCCUCCUUCACGCUGUAACGGUGAUUGAUUGAAGGUCCGCCGUUAAGCUCCUCACGGUGUGGAGUGAUGCAGCAGAAGUUGUGUUCCAGAGGUUCCGGUUCUUUCCUCUUGGAGAGGAACGGUCAGGCCUGCGGUGCCGUUACCGACUCUGCUGCUUCCUGCGACCUCCCGUUCCGCUGCCCUCGCUGUGGUGAGCAGGAACGUUUCCGCAGCCUGGCUUCCCUCCGCGCCCACCUGGAGUACCGACACUCGUACCGCUCGCCGGACGUCGUCACCGGCGGCUUCAGCAUCACCGGCAAGCUGCCCGACCCGCUGACAGCGGCCAUCCCCUGGCACGACAUGAGCCUCCCGACCCGCAGGGGGCAGCAGAGCGCCGCCCGGCCGCCUCACAUCCGUUCCCUCAGCGACAGCAGGGACAGCGGCUACCUGCCCUCCUACAGCUCCGUCAGGAGGCGAACCCAGAGCGUAGGGGUGGGGACGCAGGCUGAGGAGGAGGAGGACGAUGAAGAGGAGGCGGGGACCGAGGAUGAAGAUGUGGCAGAUGAAGAAGAUGAGGACGAUGAUGGUGAAGGGAGAGGUGGAAGCAGAACUGAAGAGGACGUGAAAAUGUCCAACAGAAAGUCAGACCACCACCACAUCAACCACCACCACCUCCCCUUCCCUUCCCCGGCUUCCCUCGGACCCCCACCGGACCCAGACCUGGACCUGGACCUGGACCUGGACUUGGUCGAGCAGAACUCCUACUCUGGUCUGGAGACGGCGGCGGCUUCGGCUGCAGUGCGCCGGCAGCUGGCCAGCAUCCUGCGGGCGGCCGACAGCACCAUGCAGCGCCGCCUGGCUAAAGUUAGCACCGAGCUGGCCCAGACGGACACGGAGCUGCUGUGUGAGCGCGCUCACUCGCAGCAUCUGGCCCAGGAGAGGCAGGAAGUGGCCGACAGGGAGCGGUCGCUGAGCCGGCAGGUGGACGUGGCCGUCAUGGUGAUCGCAGCACUGAGAGAGCAGCUCAACGCCUCGGAGAACGAGCUGGAGAGACGAGAGAGGGAGGUUUUAACCAUCCAGAAGUUUCUGGAGGCGGCAGCUCGGCAGGAGACGUGCGGCAAAGUUCGAAUCCAGCGCUUCAUCGAGAACCUGCUGAGACGCAUCGCUCUGGCCGAGAGGCUGGUGGAGUAUUACCAGGUGAACGGCAGCCCGCCUCAGUGCAACCACUACAAGCAGCACCAGCAUCAAACGGAUAAUGGACCCCACAAAAUCACUAAAAGCAGGUCGGCAGGAGGUCAGCUCUCCUCCUCUGGUUUCCUCGACAACAGAACUCCGUCCUCCUCCCAGUUCGGUGGCCGUCAUCCGUCCUCCAAACCGGGUGGCGACCGGGACCUGGAGCGGGAGCACCGGGAGCGCCUGGCCCAGUCGUCCAGGCUGUUCUGCCGGCCCGAGCACAGAGACGACAUCUGGAACCACCAGCGGCGCCGGUCCACGGGGUAUGAAAGCUAGAGCUGUAGACAGACCAGGGAGAGGGAGUGUUGUCUGGGGCAACGCUGCAUCACACAAGGACUUUAAUCCAGUGUGUUAACCUGUGGAAAAGUACUGCACGGUCACCUUUAGGACAUUUGAAACGGAUAAAUGUAAGUAAGUCUGCUCAGCCUCAUCUGACGUCUGCUUACAAAACCCAACUUUUUUUUUUUUUUUUUAACAUUUGUUAGCAAGUUAUAAAGUCAAAAGAAAUUAAAAAUUUUGUGCCAUUAGUUGCUAAAAAGCUAGCAACAGUCCAAAAAUUUAGGAUAAAAACAGAAGUUAUAUGUCUUCAAAUCCAAUUUAUAUAUAUCGCAUCUUUCAAACUAACCUGUGUUGACCAAAGUGUUGUACACGUUAACACAAACACAAGGACAAAACUGUAAAAUCAGUUGGUCAAAGUAAAUAAAAUAGUCAUAGAGCCAAAAGAGCAAGAUCAAUUUCUAAAAUUAAUCUAACAUAUUCAGUUUUUCCAUCCUUAUGUAAAAUUCCACCUAAAAUAUGCACUUUGAAUGAGUUCUAUGUGAAAUUAUCUCUUUAUGUAAUUAUAUCUAUUAAUCAGACUAAGAGAUGCAGUUUCACUUGGAAAAUAAAUGAAAAAAUCUUCCAUAAAUGAGCCCUAAAACUCAUCGCACAUCACUGUAGCUCACACUUUCUAACAGGGUAAAGCAGUAAAGAAUAUUACUGCACUGGCAUCACAUUGAAUUUAAAUCGUAUUAGUACUUUAAUUUCAUAUUUUGGUACUUUUCCAUAGAUUUUUACACUGAAAGUUACUUUUUAAAUGUCACACUGGGUUCUUUCUCAGUAGGAGUUGUUGUCUUUUGUCAGCACACGUGAAGUUUAAAUUGUAAUCUUGCGUUCUGAAUCCUCUACUCUGUGUUUUAAGGUAACUUCAGGUAAGAAAGUGGGGAUUUUUUUGUGUUCAUCUGCUGAUUUAAAGUUGAGAUUUGAUCACAGAAACGAGCUGCUGUAGUUGUACAGAAAGAGACUCCUGAUGACACGUCCUCUCCUGUGGUCCAAUCCCGGCCAGAAGCUCCUGAUCAGUCCAGUUACUGGAUCUCAGUCUGUGCUUUCAAACCCAAAUCGUUGCCUGUGACCGUCUUGAUAAUUUGCUAAAAAACCCUCUGCUAAGCAACGAUUGUCCGAUCAUAGCUUAAUUACCCAACUAUAGCUCAGCUCUGUCUAUACGCUACCAUUCAACAAUUUGGGGUCACUUAGAAAUGUCCUUAUUUUUGAAAGAAAAGCAACUUUUUUCAAUGAAGAUAGCAUGAAAUGAAUGAUAAAUCCAGUAUAGACAUUGUUAAUGUGGUAAAUGACUAUUGUAGCUGGAAACAGCUGAUUUUUAAUGGAAUAUCUCCAUAGAGGUACAGAGGAACAUUUCCAGCAACCAUCACUCAUGUGCUCUAAUGCUACAUUGUGUUAGCUAAUGGUGUUGAAAGGCUCAUUGAUGAUUAGAAAACCCCUGUGCAAUUAUGUUAGCACAUGAAUAAAAGUGUGAGCUUUCAUUGAAAACAUCACAUUGUCUGGGUGACCCCAAACGGUAGUGUAGAGUUUGGAUGAUCUUGGUUGUAGUCUUUACCUGCUGCACCCAAACCACGAUACUCCCACAGUGACAGCUCCAUGUUCAUUUUUUUAGCUCCGUGGGUCCUCCCAGUUCUGCCUCAAGGAGGAGAACCUGGUCUCCGUUGCUUUCCAACUCUUCACCUUUGCAGGACUUUUCCUACUCAGAAUGACCUUUGGGACAUGGCUGUACACCUAUAGUAUGCCCAGCAGUUUGUGUACAGUAAAGAUGAUGCAUUAUUUAACAGACAUCCAUAAAAUUCUGACUAGUGACUAAACAAAAAUAUCUAGUAUGUUUCGGUUAAUUAAACUCCGAGGACCCUUUUCAGACUUGGGCUCGUCUCUGUUAGUCUGACAGCUUCUCAGCUUGUUGGUUUCACGUCUGAAUGAGGCUUUUUAAUGGAAUAUCUCCAUAGGGGUACAGAGGCUCAUUUCCAUCACUCCUGUGUUCUAAUGCUACAUUGUGUUAGCUGAUGGUGUUGAAGGCUCAUUGAUGAUUUUAUUUAUGUUAGCACAUGAAUAGAAGUGUGAGUUUUCAUGGAAAACAUGAAAUUGCCUGGAUGACCCCAAACUUUUGAAAAGUAGUGUAGAUUAUCAUCACACAAUCAUGAAUUAACUCAACUUUAAAAAGCUGCUUUUAGCCUAAAUUUAGUCUUUUGUUUGUUAUUGUGCUAUUGUGCAUAAUGCAUAACUUCUAAUCUAAGGACCUCUGUCUCAAUGACAGAAUGCCGUCACUUUAACGGAUGGACAAAACCAACAAUGUUUCGUGGUUUAAGUCUGAAAAGGGCUUGAUUAGCAAAAGUUGUUAAAAUGUGGAUUGCUCAUUCAAUCAAUCCAUCUGUUUUCUUUUGCUUAUUCUGUGUUGGCUUUAAGUGGCAGAAGGUAAACAUUUCUAGCAAUGUCCUCUAGUUCCUCCUGGGGAAUCUGAGGUGUUCCCAGGUCAGAUGAGAUAUGUAAUCCCACCAGUGAGUUCUGGUUCUUCCACCGGCGUUGGUCCAAUCGUUAGAUCAAUUGAUAAUCUAAUAUUGCUUAAAGGAAGUGUUGCGUAGCGUCGUCUCAGCUGGGAUUCGGUUUGUAAAGCACAGACUGGAGUUGGAUGACACCAGACUUGGGUCAGAUAUGUUUUACAUGUAAUUCCUGGCUUGUGUUUGAACAGUGGGUCGCUACAUUAGGACCAAUUCACUGUCUAGUAAUUGUACAUAGAGAGAAAAAGCUAUAGAUAUGUUGACUUGGUCCUGUGUAGCCAGUUACCCACGUAUUUAAAGAUGGACAACAUAUCACUACUUCCUUCCACUGCACAAAAGUGAAGCCAAGAUCCUGCCUCUUGCUUGCCCAUGUGAGGACGUAUUUCACAAAGCCCAGGUGCUGCUGUCUUUUCCACUAGCGCCUACUCGGCUCAACUCUACUCGGGUUGUGAGGUUUUCCAUCAGGACGUAGUACCUGGUACCAGCUACUAUUUUAGUACCUCCUCGGCUGGGGUUCCAAGCGAGCUGAGUCGAGCCGAGAAUGUGACGUCUACAGAGUGCAGGCCACUGAUGGGACAGGGAGUGACGACAUGCAAGACCUGUACCGUGGGUGAAUGAAGAGGUUGGGACUUUUCUGUCUUGGGUGAUGGACCAAAGAAUACAGAGGGAGCUGGACGGCGCAACUCACAAUGAGAAACUAUAUCAGGAGGUCUCUGAACGGAUGGCGGCCCACAGCUACAGCAGGACAAUGAAACAGUGUCGGGAGAAGCUGAAAAAGCUCCAAAGUGACUAUCGGUCCAUCAACGACCAAAACGACCAGAGUGCAUUAAAUCGAAGGUGUUGGAAGUGGUUUAGCCAAAUGGAUGCCGUUUACAGGCACCGACUGGCAAGCAACGGGAGGAGAGUGGCCUCGACUCCACCGCUGCAUUAUUCAAGACCAUGUUGGGGGACGGUGAGCGUUUUGUGACUCCACCCACGAUGAAGUGGUGCUCAACUGUAGUGGAAAACGACCUAAACUGAGUCAAGUCGAGUAUAGUUAAGUCGAGUCAAGCUAAGUCGAGCCGAGUAGGUGCUAGUGGAAAAGUGCCUUUGGACUGUCAUGGAGCCAUGCUUUAGUAGAUGCUAGGGCUGGUUCUGCUCUCAGCUUGGUCAUCCGUGGUGCCAAUGAUGUCAUCAACACAAAAUAGCAGCAAUAUUUUGGUUUCGCUUUAAGGCAGCUGGCAUGUUGUCGAUCUUUACUCGCCAACCAAAACAGGAUUAAACCGGAGAUGCUGUGGCGAGUAAAACCCACUUUUUGUUGUUGUUUUCACAACUGUCCAUCUUCCUUUAAAGGAACAGCACAACAUUUUUUUUCCCCAUCUUCUCCAAAGUUGGACAGCAAAAUGGAGGCUCAGGUCUGUUAGCGUACCUCUGCACAGUGCCUGGAAGCAGGGAGAAACUGCUAGCCUAGCUCCAACAACAAUGAAAACAAACAUCUUUGUAUUCAAAUUAACUUCUUCUCAGUUACAUCGCUUUAUAGGUAUUGCCGCAUAUCAUCUUCAACCAUACGACUCGAUUUUCCAUUGAUGCUAGUUGACAAAACUAACUGGCCAACAUGUUCAAUUAGUUCAACAGAUAACACUGAAAGGAAUGGCUAUACUCUCUUAAUGGCAUUGUUAAUUUCUGAAAUCUGGUACUUCAGUUGGUUCCAUUGCUCAGGACUGGUGGAGAUACCCUUUUUCUAUGGCUUCAUCUCCCCAUCAUGGUUCAUCCAUUACUCUGAGUGGUUGAUAAGUAUAGCCACAAAAAGCAAUUUUGAAUUUAUAUCAAAUUUAGUCAUAGUUACUUUAGUCUGGUUCUACAAGUAGACAACUGCAUUUGGAUACCUUUAAACACAUUUGAAAUAACACUUUUUUUUUUUUUUUUUUUUUUUUUUUUUUACACACAGUAUCCCAUUACCAUGGUUCUAAUAAUGACAGACUCCACACAAUCAUCCAAAACAAUUAUGAAAAGAUAUCUGUACUGACAGCAUUUCAUGGUGAGAUACUUAUAAAACCAAGACUUUUUCGUACUGAUAUUUUUCACCUGGAUAUUAAAGGCUACUAUUAAAAAUUGGCAAGUUUUACCAUAUCAAACGGUGGAAGACUGUUCUUAAACCAAAUGCCGCCUCAACAAUUUACCCUCAUUAUGACCUUGAUAGGACCUUAAAGGUAGUGAAAUUACCCUGAAAAUAGCCCAGAACUUACAGCUGGACAGUUUGUGUUUUGUUUGACCGUCCUGCUGCCCCAAAUACUCACCAGAGCACAAACUGGGGAUUAAUCCACCGCUGAAAAUAGUCCCAACAAAUGCACACUUUGCCUGUCUUGUGAGCUGCUUUUAAAGAUGUACUCAGAACCAAUGAGCUUGGAGCUGACAACAUAAAAAAUACAGACCUGAUUUCUUUGGGCAUAUCACUAAUCCAAGCAUAAUGACAUGAAAGCUUGGAAAAUGGUCUUUGUGAAACGUAUUUUGGACAUUUUUUUAAACAUUUUAAAACCAGAUUGCACUAGCUUUGUGGGCUGAAUGUCAGUAAAACAUCAUCACUUUUGGUGAAGCCUGGCAGUUUCUCUCUGCCUCCGCUGUUUGUAGUGAAAAGCUGCAAGAAGAAAACAUUUCCGUUGUCGUGUUUUACCUCCACUGCGUCUCCGGUUAAAGCCAGAUGUUCAUGCAGGGGCAGUUUGACUCAGGUCUGGAGAACGCCACACAUAACGAAUGUACUCUGAGUUAAAGCUCACACUGAAGAGAUGCUGAGCUUUAAGGCCUGACUCUGGUCUCGGCUUAAACUCGCGCUCAUUCACACAGAAAAACGGGUGGAGAUUCUCCGAUCACAAAUGAAUGACGUGCUUUCGUCCAAAGUGACUUACAGUGCCGUGAAUGCAUAAACAGUCCAUCUGCAGUAAACUAAACCCACUCAUGACGGCUUGUUAAAUAGAAUCAUUCCUCUGUCCACAUCGUUCUGUACGGCCUGUUUACAUUUUUGCACUCAUCCAAUGAUAAGAAUGUAAAUGUAAAAGACGGUAUUUGGUGUAAAAUGUAUCUUUGCUGUCGUUGGUUUGGGUUUCGUUGACAGUGUUAAUAGAUAUUUUAUAUACGAAGCUGUUACGUGUUGUCAAGUGGAAGUAGUAGUCCUGCGGUACUUAAACUGGGCAGAAUAUUUAUCUGGGUCGCACACAAAUCGUCUUUUUAUUUUAACAGGUUGUCUGCAAGUUCUGGAAACUUCUGGAUGGUACUUCUGGUACUUCAUAACAUGUAACUGUUUUAUUUAAUUAAUUAAAACCCUAAAGGUGCAGGAUUCCACUGCUGAGACAUUACUGUAUGCAGACGAUGUUCUUCUAUUCUCUAGCUGUUUGUAGUUAGUGGAUCAAAUUCCAAGUUCUAAUUGGCAUUAAUCAUCAGAUCUUGGUGAACUGAGCUUCCAGGGCUUUCAGAGACUGUUUUGUUUCAGAUUAACUGCAAUAUUUUAAAGCCAAAUGUUGUAAAUGCAUCGUUUUUCAUUGGUUUAAUAAACCGAGUCGGAUAUGAAUAUCGAACAAUCUUGAAUAUGAGGUUAACUCUGAUUUCAGCAGGUUUACAUUCUGCUGCUUCUUAAUACAUUAAAAAGGCUGAUCCAGAUAAAUUUGGACAAGCUGCCCACUGAGUAUCUCAGAGUGAAUUCAGAAUAUUUAAGCACUGCUGAUCUAACACCAAGUCGGACUGCUGCUGUCAAGUAAAAACCCCAUUUUUCUGAGCAAGGACCAAUAGAUGUUCAGUUUGUGUUCAGAAUUUUCAGUUAACCAACAAUGAAAGAACUCUGACCCACAUUAAAAUACAUCGUUAACUGUUGUAAAAGGCUUACGAUUCAAUGGCAAAAUUGAAAUUCAAUAGAUUUUUUCACUAUAUCAAGGGAAAAAUUCACUUUAUACUGUGGAACAACAUUUGAUCCUCUUUGACACAUGACUUUUUAUCAGUUUAUGGAGCAAAAAUAUCAACAGAUGCAGUAUUCUUCUGUGGAAAAAGUAAGUAUCAGAAGCUGAGUUUGCAUUCUUUAGCACAGGGGUGUCAAACUCAUCUUAGUUCAGGAGCCACAUUCAGCCAAUUUGAUCUCUAAUGGCCAGUAAAAUCACAGCAUAAUAACCUAUAAAUAACCACAACUCCACAUUUUUCCUUUGUUUUAGUGCAAAAAAAUAAAAGUGAAAAUGUUCAGUCUUAAGGAAUUAUCUUUUUACAAAACAUCAUGAACAACCUGAAAUUUGUUAAGGAAAAUAAAUUCAAUUUCAGCAACAUUCAGCCUUAGUUUAUCAUUUACACAUUACAACUUACAGAUCACAGAGUUUCUACAAAAGAACACAACAUUUAGUCACAGCUAUCUGGAACUGAAUGAGCUAAUAUUUUACUUUAAACGCAAAAAGUCAGACAAAAAAGAAAAAAACAGCUAAAAUGACAAAAUAUUACAAAAAUGAGACACAAAACGACAAAAGUCAGAAACGAAAUGAGACAAACGACAUGAAACAAAAAAAGAUAAAAAAUUAGACAGCAAAAAAAUGGACAAAUGACAAAAAUGAGACAAAAAAUGACAAAAGCGAGAAACAAAACGACAAAAAAAUAGACUAACAACACAAGCAAGACAAACCCCCCCCCACAAAAUGACAAAAAUGAUGCACAAAACAACGAAUGAAGCAAAACAAAAUGGCAAAAAUAAGACAAAAAAACACAAGCGAGACAAGGAAAUGCAAAGCAACAAAAAACGAGAAACAAAACGACAAAAACGAGACAAACGACAAAAGUCAGACAAAAAAACAAGAUAAAGUGUUACAAAAAUGAGACACAAAACGAUAAAAGAACAAUGCGCAAGCUAGUAUUUUACUUUAUGAUCAAAACAACUUGUCAUGGUCUAGAAAUUAUUUUAAAUUUACAGUUUUAUAAUUUUCCAAUCUGCAGUUAAUGUCUUCCCUGGAAUUUUUACAUUUUACAAAGUUGGGCCGGAUUGCACCCUCUGGUGGCCCAGUUUUGGCCCGCGGGCCUCACGUUUGACACCCCUGCUUUAGCAGAAAUAAGUUAUUUUAGAUGUUUCUCAUAACUGUUUACUUGUCUUUGACAUCAACCGGCUGACAUAAACGACCAUUUUUCCUGCAAAAUUCCUUCAGUUACAAGAUGUUUGAGGGUUCGUUGUUGGUCCAAAGUUUUAGUCCUUAAAAACCUUUAUUUUUGUGGGUUUUUUUAUGCAAACAGCAGCAUCAGUGUCCAGUGCUUCCUGUUGUGUGUUUGGAUGCAUGAAGCAGCCCGACUACUACCACUACUACUACUACUACUACUGCUACUACUACUACUACAUAUGUAGCUAUUGUGUUACUGUGAAAGCAUGCUUCAUAUGUAGCAAAAAAAGCAAAAUUCUUCUAAAAUCCUGUUAUCUUCUACUACUAUGUGUACUUUUGUAGCAGAGUGAGGUCUAUUUUACUGGUGUUUGAAGGAAAGUUGCACUAAACCAACACAGAGCACUUGUCUUGGAGCUGUUGGAGGGUUGAACAGCGGACAAUCAGCGGAGCUCAUGCACGGCGUUGGAAAUAAACUUUAUCUUCUCUGUGUUUGGAAGUGUUUCGGCUCUGAAAGAAUGAAAGAAAAGCAUCCUAACUGGAGUCAAUGUCAGUUUGGUUAAGACACUACUACCUUUUCUUGGCGUGAGUCAGUAGAGACCAAGUUUUAUGUUGUGUAAAAAAUAAAAAAAAAAACAACCUAAUGUUUUUUGUUUGGCCGAGUUUGUUUGAUAUCCUUGAGGUCAUGGCGUCUGUCCGUAGGGAUUUCGUUUGCAGAAGUAAUCUCUAGUUUUGUGCCUUCACUCAAGAACUCUGUAGUCUGUAAAUCACUGUGCAAAAAUGCAAUACUGUGAAGAACUGGAACACUUUUUCUGUUGAAACCUGUCCGUGUGUGUGAUGCUCAUCGAAGAUUAAAGAACAAACAUUGACACCAA